UACCAAAGGAAGGACGCAAUUUUUUAAGUGAAGGCAAUUUUCGCAAACGAAUGCAGGAAUGAAGUUUCUUAACCAAACCGUGUUAAUGAUUUGGUCGUUUCUUCUCAUGAUGGAUAUGAUUGUUGGCAAUAUUAUCCAGUCAGACGAAUCACGGUAAGACUUUAUAUUGCGCUGCUAUAUACAUAUGUGUUUUACAGUGCAGCCUGUUAAAAUGAUACGGUCCUUUGAAAAUCAGACUGUACAUAGUGUUAUAUUGAAAGGCUACAGACAAUUUGGUUGGCUAAGUUGCUUCGCGUUUGGUUUAUAAUGCCGGAAAGUUCGCAAAGUUGCAAGGAAGAAUUGAAGCCCAUUCAUUUGCAAGGAAGAAUUGAAGCCCAUUCACGUUGAAUUGUAACCCCUCCCUUCCUUCCACUGCUUCGCAGGCAGAGACUUCGUAUUCCUCCCACGCUGCAUAACGCGCGCGCGGAACGACACGCAAAUGUAUUGCAGAACAUUCGCCCCAAGAGUGCCGAUCUCGCAGCGGCAAAGCCCCCCUUUUCUAAGAGGUGGGGUCAAGGGGGCCAAAAGUGCCCUUUGAUGAAAAUUUUUAAAAAAUUGGCUUGCCAUUGCUAAAUAUGACAAAAGCAAAUAUUGUGUUCACUGGUCAAUAUGACAAAAUUCGUGAGCACAUUUUCUGUAGGAAAUUCCAGACCAGAAAUGCAGUCAUCGACAUGGGCGUACGGGCCUUAUCAUGUUGGCGGGGGGGGGAGGGCACAGUGUUAGUUUGCCCAACCGCUUUGUUUACACAGUACACACAUACAACAUUGUUCGAGAUUUUAUCAUGACCUUUCCUAAGGAUUUUCCCGUGGCGGGGGAGGCAUUUUUUGAAAAGAGACCUCUCUGUGAGAUAAUAUAUUAGUGGGGGAUAACCAUGUGGCCGACAUACCACGCAUGAAUCUCUAGGGGGCAUACUCCCCCAGAAAAUGUUUGAAAUUUGAAUCUCGGAAAUGCAAUUUCCUGCAUUCUGAGCAUCCAAAUUUGCUCUCAAAUUUAUGCUAACUAUGCUUGUAUUUGAAAUAAAAGGAGGAAAAAACGCACAAAAAUAAAUAAAUUAUUAACAAUAAUUUAUCAUUACUUAGUGGUGAAAAACGUAACAAUUUAAACGUAACAAAUUAAACCGAUUUUGUUAAUUAAACAAGGACAAAGGAUAAAGCCUAAAACUUACUUUCCGUUUAUCUAUUUGUUAUUCUUCGCUGGUGGUUUGUUUGUAUAAACUUAAGGAAAAGGUCCUUUUCCUGGGGGGGGAUGUGAUUUCGAGGGGGGCACAAGGGGGAAGUCGACUGGGGGGUCAUUUGCUCUCAGCUGCUGUAGCAGAAGUUUAACCGAAAUGUCUAGAAACACUAAGACAAAAGCUAAGAACAAUGCUCAAUGUUUCUGCAAUCUUCAUAAUCUUAGCCAUAAGUCAUCAUCACUCAUACUGACACAGGUGUUCUUCAUAUAUGGCAAAGUAUAUUAAAAGCAAUUAAUAUUGGCGUUAUAAUGUUUAAUCAUUCAUUCUUAUCAACUUUGAUGAGAGUUGUAUGUUUUGCCCGAAUGACACAUGGAUUUCUGCUCAAUUGCCCGACCGUGGAAUAUUUGGGGAGCAUGUGCCCACCGUGCCCCUCCCCCCCCCCCAGCCGAUAUGUCUAUGGUCAUCCAUCGAGCUUUAAAUUUUACUGACAGACCCCUUGUCUUUACGAUUGUGUAGAGAUGCUAUUUGGCAAUGAUAAUUUAAUUAUGUUUAACAUUGAUGUUCCGGUUUGUAUGUUCCGAGCAGAAUGGAGAAAACUUACUCUUGCAAGAGUAAAAUGUAUAUGCAAAUCGCUUACGGUUCACAUAAUAUCCUUUUAUCCACAAAUAUAUCUUUUACAUAUUUUUUCCUGAAUAUAGUGUCAUAGCCAAGCGAGACACAAAGGAAACAAAAACAUCAUCUUAUAGAGGUUUGCCAGGACUUCCUGGAAGAGACGGUACGCGUGUCUUUUGUUUUAAAAACUAUAAGAUUUACUGAUUUAAAUACAGUACGCAAAUAUUAAAAAUAGUAUUUUCAUAAUUCAAUUAGCUUUCGCGCACAAUCUCUUUAUUCUAAUAAAAAAGAAUACAUUAAUUUAUAUUGUAAUAAGUUUCCUUUCUUGAAAUGGUGUACAGUGUUUUCACGCUUUGUACAACUCUGACCUUCAAUCUAAGGCCAUAUAGGGUUACACGAUGCAAUCUAGCUUUCUUGCAACAUUCAUCGCAUUUAAAAAAACAAUGUUGCGAGCUGCAUAAACUCAGCGGCAUUCACCAAGUAUUCAUGAUCGCAUGCUAAUCUGGGUUGUGAUUGGUCAAUUUUUCAAAUAUUGCGAGGCAAGUUGUAGUUGUGGGUGUUAGACGCUGCAGCUCUUAUAACUUGUCGCCCAGCAUUGCGAAAAGUAGAAGCUGAUUCAACUUUCCGUGCAAGUCGCAAAGCAGUUUUUUAUUGCAUUGCAGUGCAGUUGGCAACUAGGGUUGUUAAUUAAACAACACAAAAUGUCUUCUAUCUGCAGGCUAUCCCAAAUAUUGAAAAUAUAGAAGAUGUGUAGCCAGGAUUAAACAUAUUAAAAGAUUAGACGUUCUUUGACUAAAUAUUAUUUAUUAAUACUUGGGAUAAUGACCAUCGUAUUGACUUUGAAAACACUAAGAUUAUUGAUAGAGGAAAUUUUAAGAUUCGUAAGACCUUAGAAUCCUGGCAUACUGCUUCAGCCAAGAAAGCGGAUAACAAUUCGAAGCCACUUCCUGGGCAAUAUACAAUUUUAGUUAGGAAAACAUCAUAUCUCUAUUUCAUAUCAUAUUUCGAUCAUAUAUAUAUAUAUAUAUAUAUAUAUAUAUAUAUAUAUAUAUAUAUAUAUAUAUAUAUAUAUAUAUAUAUAUAUAUAUAGCAUAGUUAAUAAUUAAUAGUAUUUUAGGUAUAUAUAUAUAUAUCAUUUUACAUUUGUUAAGGUUACUUCACAUGAUGAACGUGCGUUUUAGUCUAUUGAACAUGGCGCAACGAAUUUUAGGUGUAACUUUACCAAAUUUUUAGUGAAGAAAGCCAAUAAAAUGCUGAUUUUGAAAAUCUUCAUUUGAUGGGUGUUCUGUUUAAACAUAUCCAGUAUUGGCUGACUAAAGAAAUACAUAGGUAUCCCAUAAAAAAAUCAAAAUAUGUUUAUAGUUUACCUCAAAGUUUGUCUACAUGUAUCGAUUUGAAUCUUCAUAGGUACGGUAAAAAAAACGCGUGCGGAAAAUUUCUCUUCUUCAAUGGUUUUUCUGAUAUGACGUUUUCUUUGACAACUUCGUGAAUUAUCAGUGACAAAUCCAAGAAUCAGGGCAUAUCAGAAAAACCACUAAAAGAAGAGAAAUUUUCCGCAGACCUUUUUUUUACCGUGCCUAUGAAGAUUCGAAUUGCGAUAUCUAGACAAACGUUGAGGUAAACUAUAAACAUAUUUUGAUUUUUUUAUGAAGGUACCUACAUAUUUACUCAGUCAGCCAAUACUGAAAAUUUUUAAACUGAACACUCAUUACAUGAAAAUUUUCGAAAUCAGCAUUUUCCUGGCUUUCUUCACUGAAAAUUUGGUAAAGUUACACCUAAAAUUCGUUGCGCAAUGUCAAAUAGACUAAAACGCACGUUCAUCGUGUGAAGUAACCUUAAUAUACUUAUAGCGUCCUUUUGUCAUUAAUCUAUCUCCUGUCGAAGGCUACAGACUGGUAGCCGAAAGCUCGUAUUAAUAAAUAAUACUGAUUUAGUCAGAGAACGUCUAAUCUUUUAAUAGAGAGGUUAAGAUACCCCGAUUCCGGUUUACGGGUACGGGUGAUAUACGUACCCGUACCCGUAAAUCGGGGAAUAACUUGUAGCUUAAGAAAUCCAAGAUACUCCGGCGUAAGAAAACCGAUCAGAGAAUGGCAACUUUCGCUGUUGAGGUUCGCCAUAAAUUGUUGAAUACUUUGACCAGCAUAUGUGCAUUAUUUAUUUGGGUAAGAUGUUGAAAAUUUGUACUAUUUAAACAGCCUAAAAAUAGUAAACAGAAAACACCCGUACCCGUUUGUCGUUUACGUGUAGACUAUGGUUUACCGCGGGGAAACGGGUAGAAAUUACGGUAAAAUUGCUGACAUCAGCAAAAAUUGGUAAACAAAAUGGCGAUACUCGUACCCGUAAACCGGAACCGGGGUAUCUUAACCUCUCUAAUAUCCCAAAUAUGUCCGUUUACGAUCCAUGCAUGCACAUGGAGACAUUUUGUGCAGUCUUUACUUAUGGCUAAUAUAUUUCAUGACUUUAUAUCGUUAGUUUUUGCAGUAAUAAAUGUUAAUGAGCGAAAUUUAAUAUACGCAUUUAAUAAAGAAAUUUAAUAAAUGACAUUAUUGCAGUGGGCUUUUGAAAAUAUUUUUUUAUUUUAAAUAUCCUUUGUACAGGGCGAGAUGGUCGGGAUGCUGGAUUACGUGGUGAGUGAUUGUAUAAAAAUCUAUGCGUUUUAUAAAUAUAUUCAACACAGUUAUGUGAGUGACUAGUAUGUACUGUAUGGAUACGAAAUUUUCAAUUAGCCACGUGUAGGUCAUGCAUGGUCGCUCUGUAGCUAUAUAAAUACUUCUGUCCAUUGACUUGUAAUGUCAACCUGUCAGAAUAUAAACAUGAAUCAUCUUCUUUUAUUACCUCCGCCAGGAGGUUAUGUAAUCAUCUGGGUUUUCACCUCCGCCAGGAGGUUAUGUGAUCAUCUGGGUUUGUUACCUCCGCCAGGAGAUUAUGUAAUCAUCUGGGUUUGUAUGUGUGUAUUGGUGUGUGUAUGUGUGUGUAUGUGUGUUUGUCUGUGAGCGCGAUAACUCAAGAAAUACCACACAUAUUCAUAUGAAAUUUUUUUAAUGCAUUUCCCAUCGGCUAAGGAAGAGUUGAUUAAAAUUUGGUUGAAUUUGGUUAACAAUUGAACGAGAAUGAACAAAAUUGUGUCUUGCUUUUCCCGGUCAAUUAAAAAAACUUACUGAAUGCGUAAUUAGGACGUGUAUAAUGUAUGCACGCAGUACUAAGACAAUAAUGAGAUGAUAAACCUCAUUAAACUUCAGCCUUCAUUAUCUAUUGUUUUAGUUGCAUUUCACACGACCGAAAUUCAAUACGGGCGGAGGUAUGCAGUCUCUGAGUGCCCUCUAGUUAAAUAAGAGUUUAUACGGUUACAUCUUCCAACAAAAGUAUCUCUUCCUUGUUGACUAAUUAGUAAUAAUAGCUACGUACAUGCUUCGAAAAUAUAAGGAUCUGUGAUGCAACUUUAGAUCAUGUCCGCUGAUGAAGGCACUAGACCACAGUGUCGUAACGUUGGUUUGUAAAUGGAAUUCCACUUUGGACUUUGCAUUCGCGUAUUUAUUAAAACCCCAGCAUAGAAAGAGAAAGCAUCCUUGCCGCAAGCGAAUGGUCAACAUUUUUUCUUAUUCUGACUAUAUAGCCACCACUCCAAGCGCGGUAGUACAUGAUUAGCGAAACACACUGAAAUAUAGUAUAUCUUAUAAUAUUGUUGAAUUAAAAGAUAGGAAAGAUAAGAAAUAAUUAUUUGUUAGUCGGUAAUUUGUUCAUCACAUUUGUUGCCAGGUCUUCCAGGAAAACCGGGAAAAGCAGGAUCUGCGGGAGCUCCAGGUGCAAAGGGAGAAGCAGGUGGAUCAGGAGGAGUGGUGUUCACACGUUGGGGUAGAAAACACUGUCCUCAAACUUCGGGAACUAAUGAAUUAUAUUCAGGUAUUGAAAAACUAUUCCUGGACGAAAAAGAAGUGGAAUCAUUAAAUGAGCUACAAAGACAGGAUUAAUAGUUUUCAAUGAGUAUCUUAUACCUCAGCAAUUGAGCGACCUUCAAGAGAAAGAGGCCAUUGUCGAAGUCCUAAAACUAUUUUUAAACCACCUUGGUGUUUUCUUGAAAUGUUAUUUGAGUAAUUGAGUUGUGAAGUUAUCCUUCAACCAAUAACACAACCUCAGCCUUGUAAUUGACCACUUGCGUAAUAGACUAAAUUUUGAUCUAGACAAAAAUUUCAUCACAGCUUGAAAGAGCAUAACAAAAUUAGUAAUAUUCCAAAGUUUCGUUGCGAAAUGUUGUAAAAUGCGGAUAAUAUAUAGCCUUGCGAAGUUUGCAAUUUUCAGUCAUUUUAGAUUACAAACGGGAAAUUGACAGCCCCAUCCCCUUUGGGGCUGUCAAUUUCCCGUUUAUAAUCUAAAAUGACUGAAAAUUGCAAACUUCGCAAGGCUAUAUUAUCCGCAUUUUACAACAUUUUGCAACGAAACUUUGGAAUAUUACUAAUUUUGUGAUGCUCAUUCAAGCUGUGAUGAAAGUUUUGUCUAGACUUGUUUAGAUCAAAAUUUAGUCUACUACGCAAAUGUUCAAUUCUCGAUAUCACGUUCAACGUUGUCCACUAAUUAAUUAAUUAAUAAAUGUAUGAAAUGAAAUUUUAAAUUAAUUUAAUUAACAAAACAUAUUGAAUUUUACAAAAACGUCUACACGUUGUUAAAUGUGCGCACAUUAUUUACAAUAAUUACCUUGCCUGCUAUAAUAUGCGAAAAUGCUUUUGACCUGUCUGUGCAGGGUGAAUAAAAAUUGAAUCCAUAAAUCCAAAUAUAAAUUUCAAAAAAAAUAUUAGCUAAUAGCUUGAUGUCUGGGUUUAUGUUUACAUUCAUUUUUCAAUGACCCAAAUAUACCGAUGAAUUUUUGCCUUUGUUUGCUUAAAAAAUUCUAUGACAUAAUACAAUCACAUUUAACAACUGAAUUGGAACAUUGCUAUAUUAACAUCAAGAGCGCUUGAGAUAUUCGUUUAAUUCUUUAGAAGGCAUAAACAUUGGGAAAUUGAAACUGGAGUAUUCUGUUAAAUUUUUCUCCGUUUCUAGCAAAAUCGGUGGACUUGGUGAGACUCUUUUUACGUAGAUUUAUUCAUGCCUCUACAAGUAGAUUGGUUAUCACUGCACACUAAAAUACUCAUUAAUAAUUCAUAAACCAGUUGACAUGCAAAUCAUGUCAGUCAUAAUAUGCCACGUGGAGUGACUUUGUAUCUGAUAAAGCUCAUCUUCAUUAGUAAUUUUUAUAUAAAUGUUCAUCCUAAUUAGUAUGAUUAUAUAAUUGUUCAUCCUAAUUAGUAUUUUUUGGUAGUCGUAUUUUAAGCUAUUCAAAGCACUCGUUGUCGUGUUUUUAUGUACGAGUUCCAUGUUUUCCACGAUUAUUUUCGGGAUUGAUUUGGGAGUAUAAAAUAAAGAAAACAAACGAGUAUAACAAAUUUAUUUAUUUAUUUAGCUUUGCCAACUAGGGCAGGGUCACCACAACAGCAUAUGCCAAUUACUGUGGGCCCUUUUUACCUAACUCACCCUGCCAACUUUCCCCGCGGGAGGAAACCGGAGUACCCGGGGAAAACCCACGGCUUUCGGCAGAGCGUUGACUUUUUACUCUUUUCACAUGGGGACUGGGUUCGAGUCGCACUGAGAAGGUACUUAGUGAGACUCGAACCUGCAGCCUCAGAGGUGAAAGGCAAGUGCGCUAACCACUUGGCCACCGAAGCCCCUAAAAAUAAAUAAAUAAAAAACCAAAAAAAAAAAUAUAAAAAAAUAUAAAAAAAAAUAAAUAAAAUAAAAUAAAUAUUUAUAUUAUAUAAUAAAUAUUUAUAUAAUAUAUUUAUAUUAUUUAUAUUUUUAUAUUUCUUUUCGGCCCCAAAUAAAUAUUUCUAAAUUCCUACUUUUGUUGUAUGGAUAGCUAGUAUAAACAAGGCGAAUUCAAGAUUUUAAAAUGCGACAAUGAAAUAACCUAUCAAACUUACAGAAAUAGUGGGUUAUUGCCGGCCGAGGGGUGGAAUUCUCCUUUUCCUGAUCGUAAGGUAAAACUAAUUAUAGUUUCAUAUUAGGGUCACUGUAGCCUAGGCUGAAACUGGACGUUUUGUGUGUAGCUCUGAUAUGUAAAUGGGAUCGAUAAGAAGGGAAAAUUGUAUAAAAAACGCAAAUCUAAUGUAUAUUUUAUUGCAUGAUAAUUUUCAGAAUAAUAGCUCUUAUUUAUAUAUGAUUUUUGGCUCAUUUUACAGCUUGUUAGACUCUCUUUUGUACAAUAGGUAUUUGGGUACAUGUAAUAACGACAAGAAGAAAUUUAAUUUAACUAUCGAUCAUGCACGUUCAAUCGUGUUACAGUUUGGAAAUUGCAUCCCCAUGAUACCGAAAGGAUAUUGCUAAUUACCGGGUGGUUGCAUGCAAUCCAAUGAAAGAAUGUUCUUGUGAAGUUGGAACAAUAGUGCGUGCACGCCUCACUACGUUAUACCGUUAAAGUAAUUAAUUAAUGCAUCUAUUAUUUCCCAACCAUGCUUUAGAGAGAUAUAAUGAGAUUCUGAUGUUUCAUUCUAAUAUUUAGGUGUGAUGGGUGGAUCAUGGUAUCAUCACCAUGGUGGUGGUUCAAACUAUCUGUGUCUUCCAUUGAAUCCAAUAUUUGACAAAAUCACUUCGGGUGCACAAGGAUACAGUUAUAUGUACGGUACUGAGUACCAGAUAGAUAGUAAUACAAACAUAUUUCCCCAAAACGUUCACGAUCAUGACGCACCUUGCGCAGUCUGCCACACCGAGUCACGUGGUAGUCACCUGAUGAUUCCAGCUCGCAAUGUCUGUCCUUCUGGUUGGACCUUGGAGUAUAAAGGUUAUCUCAUGUCAGCACAUCUUGGUCACAAUGGAAGAACCCAGUUUAUUUGUGUUGAUGGAAAUGCUGAAGGUACAACUGGAUCUCACAGUGAUCAUAAUGGUGCACUGCUGUAUUUUGUUGAAAGUCAAUGUGGUUCUCUUCCUUGUCCACCAUACGGCAAUGGUAAAGAACUGACAUGUGUUGUUUGUACUAAAUGACUUAACUAAUUUAGCUUGUGGCAAUAUAUUCCAAUUAACUAACUUCUUGUCACCGUCAUAUAUGCAUGUAAUUGUCAUUUUUCGAACAUAUAUUCGAACGUAAACUUAUGUAACAUGAACGUUCUAAUCGGAGGGCGCUUUCCAUUUACAUGGCCAGACCGGUCAAAUUGUUAAUUGGAAUAUAAAACUUGUCUAUGUCGGGGCCGCUCCGACCAGAAUAUAUAGACCAGAUCAGGAGCAGGUCAAUUUUUGCCAGAUUUCGCGCCUUUAUGAAAAUGCAAGAGGCCGCCAAUACAGAGUGUACGGAAGGUGAAAUUUUAUGUAUUGUUCUUCAAUUUCUACUCCAAGCAUGCAAUUAAAUUCUCGGGGUUUUUUCUUAUAAAUGGGUAAUUCCAUGUCAAUUCAUCCAGAAAUUUUUGAAAAUGACACCACCCCUCUUGGAUUUUAUUCAAAUUUGGAGGAAAUAACAAGCAACAUGAGACAUGCCAAAAUCCAAAAUUUCAGACUUGUAGCUUGAUUAGUUUCCGAGAUGUCGGACUUUGUAUUUUGAGAAAUUUGAUCAAAAAGGGGUGUGGCCCGAGCAAAAGUUCGCGGGUAGCGAUUCAGUAAAAUAGUAAUAAAAUCAUGGUUAUUUGAGCUAUUAUUAUAAAAUUUGGGGGAUUACAUAAUUUAUGCUGUAGAAUUCAAAACUGAUACUAAAAAUUACUUACAAC